CAUUUUAGGAGGACUGUAUAAAGGAGACCAAGAACAACACACUUCAUCUUGAACAAAGACAGCAGUUUGAGCAUGGAGUGGAAAGGAAGGGUGCUGGUCCAGUUGUUAAUGCUAGUGUGUGUGUUGGAGGUUAGUCUUUGCCAGCACUGGUCAUACGGUUGGCUUCCUGGUGGAAAGAGAAGUGUUGGUGAAGUGGAGGCAACAUUCAGGAUGAUGGAUUCUGGUGAUGCAGUGCUGUCUAUUCCUGCGGACACUCCAAUGGAGCGGCUUUCACCGAUACACAUAGUGAAUGAGGUGGACGCUGAAGGUUUGCCUCUGAAAGAACAGAGAUUUCCCAACAGACAAGGAAGAGUUUAAAAGCAUAAAAGAUGAAGAUAAACCCUUGGAGG